CUAGGAAACAACACCUCCCAGCAGCAGUCUCCGGGGGGUCGCCUUGGCUGGGAGACAUACUUCCGGGAAUCCAGGCUCCUGAUAGGCUGCAAAGCGGAAGUGGGCGGUUCCAAGUUACUGAUGGUGGGACCGGUUUCCGGUAGGGUCGGUGGACGCGGAGGCUUAAGGAGGGCGGAUCUGGUGUUGUCCGCUGAACUCUUCCAGGACUGAGCGGACAUGGCUGCGGCAUUUCGCAAGGCGGCUAAGUCCCGGCAGCGGGAGCACCGAGAGCGAAGCCAGCCUGGUUUUCGAAAACAUCUGGGUCUUCUGGAGAAAAAGAAAGAUUACAAACUUCGGGCAGAUGAUUAUCAUAAAAAACAAGAAUUCCUCAGAGCUCUCCGGAAGAAGGCUCUUGAAAAAAAUCCAGAUGAAUUCUACUAUAAAAUGACUCGGGUUAAACUCCAGGAUGGAGUUCAUAUUAUUAAGGAAACUAAGGAAGAAGUAACUCCAGAACAGCUAAAGCUGAUGAGAACUCAGGAUAUCAAAUAUAUAGAAAUGAAAAGGGUUGCAGAAGCUAAGAAAAUUGAAAGACUAAAAUCGGAGCUCCAUCUACUGGAUUUCCAGGGGAAGCAACAGAAUAAGCAUGUAUUUUUUUUUGAUACCAAAAAAGAAGUUGAAGAGUUUGAUAUUGCAAGUCACCUGCAAACAGCACCGGAACUAGUUGACAGAGUCUUUAAUAGACCCAGGAUAGAGACCUUGCAGAAGGAAAAAGUGAAAGGAGUUACCCAUCAGGCUGGACUUAAGCGGAUAGCUAAAGAAAGGCAAAAGCAAUAUAAUUGCCUGACACAGCGGAUUGAACGAGAGAAGGAAUUGUUUGUUAUUGCACAGAAAAUUCAAACACGCAAAGAUCUUCAGGAUAAAACUCAGAGGGUGAAGGUGAAGAAAGAAACAGUGAAUUCCCCAGCUAUUUACAAAUUUCAGAGUCGUCGAAAACGUUGAGGUGUUACAGAUAAGCCUUAUCAUUCUGCAUUGAACAUAAUUCUCUUUUGGGGGUAAUAACUUCACAUUCCAUUAGUCCAAACAGCAUGGUUCUCCUUUUUGUAGCCACAAUUUGUUGAUCUGCUGUUUGAUGUCUUUCUCUGAACAUUAAAAUCCCUUCCCCCAUGUCACUGUUUUUGGGUUGUGAAAUCAAUCUUAUUUUUAUAUAUACUCUUUUAAUUUUUUUUUCAUUGUGAAAGUUACAUGAUCUCAUUACAAUAAAGUAGGAAGUAGAUGAAUUCCUUCCUAAUCUCAGUACUUAUUCAAGAACAGCAAAUAUUUAUUGCACAGUGGGAGCUAAAGCUUGGGAGGUAAAGAACUACUGUGAGCUUCUGGUGUAUUCUGCAUUUUGUGAAGCCAUGCAUUGGUUUUUGUUUAUAUUUUUGUGUUCUGUAUUUGUAAUUACGGUAAACAAUUUUAUGUCCUAAUUUUAAGUCAUUGACUCUUUUCCAUUUUGUUAUAUCAUUGAAUUUUUCAAAAGUAAUAUACUUGUAGUAAUAAUUAAAAUAAUUGUUUUUAACGAUUGUCUAAUA